CCUUGAAAUUGCCGCAGCAGGUCCUGGGCCACCAGAAAGGAGACAGGAUUCAUGGGUUAAGGGAUGGGGUGUUUUGCUACCUCUGCCUGGGUGACAACCUGAGAACUUCAGAAUCCUGUGGCUUUAAAACUUCCAGAGGUGCCUAUUUAUUCACAAAGCGGCCCAAGAUACUUCCUUUAUUUGGGUGAAGUCCACACUGCAGACAUGUCUAAUCCAUGUAUAUUAGAAGUUCCAGCUGUGAUAUUUGACAGUGGUUCCGGACUCUGCAAAGCAGGUCUGUCUGGAGAGAUCGGACCCCGAUAUGUCAUCAGUUCUGUCGUGGGGCAUCCUAAAUUCAAGAAGUCUUCAAAAGCUGAUGAGAAGAAGUACAUCGUGGGGGAAGAAGCCCUGAAUAAACGUGAGUCCUUGUAUUUGCACUACCCCAUUGAGCGUGGGCUGAUAACGGGAUGGGAUGACGUAGAGAGACUCUGGAAGCACCUUUAUGAGUGGGAGCUGGGGGUAAAACCCACUGACCAUCCUGUGCUCAUGACUGAGACCUCCUUGAACCCAAAGGAGAAUCGUGAGAAGAUUGCAGAAAUAAUGUUUGAGACCUUCGAUGUGCCUGCUUUCUACCUGGCCAACCAUGCAGGGGUAGCACUCUUUGCCUCAGCCUGUGUCACAGGCCUGGUGGUGGACAGUGGAGAUGGGAUCACUUGCACUGUCCCCGUCUUUGAGGGUUACUCCCUGUCUCACGCAAUCACCAAGCUCCCUUUGGCAGGGAGGGACAUCACUGAGCAUCUCACCCGACUCCUUCUCGCUAGCAGGUGUACCUUCCCUAGCAUACUCAACAAGACUUUGGUGGAUGACAUCAAAGAAAAGCUGUGCUACAUCGCCUUGGAGCCAGAGAAAGAGCUAUGCAAGACACCAAAAGAGAACCUGAGAAAAUACAAACUUCCGGAUGGCAAUGUCAUCCGCAUUGGGGAACAGCUAUACCAGGUGCCCGAGGUACUUUUCGCACCUGACCAGCUGGGUGUCCACAACCCAGGACUCUCGAAAAUGGUCUUGAGCAGCAUCAUGAAGUGUGAUGUCGACAUCCAGAAGAACCUUUCUGCAGAGAUUGUACUGUCUGGGGGCAGCACACUCUUCCCUGGGCUGGAGGAAAGGCUCAUGAAAGAACUGGAGGACCUGGCUUCUGAAGGGACUCCCAUCAAGAUCACAGCUUCUCCUGAUAGGUGUUUCUCUGCAUGGAUUGGUGCAUCUGUCAUGACAUCCUUGAGCAGUUUCAAGCAAAUGUGGGUCACCUCUGCAAAUUUCAAGGAGUUCGGGUCCUCUGUAGUUCAGAGAAGAUGCUUUUAAAGGUCAACUCAAAGGUCCAGAUUGCAAGAAGACCACUGGGAGCUGACCAUCCUUGUGC